AUGCCGCAGUAUAGUUUCGAUGAAAUUCCUCGUGUGGAAGGAGUGAAGGUGGCCAUUAUUACUGGUUCAAACGAUGGAAUCGGCAAAAUAACUGCACUUGAACUAGUAAGAAAGGGUUGGCACGUGAUUAUGGCCUGUCGAAACGAAGAGAAAGCACAAGCAGCUAUACAAGACAUUCGAACACAAGUCGACACUAAAGACAGUGAUAAUUUGAAGCUAGAUUUUAUACAACUUGAUUUGGCAUCGU